UAUCUUGUUAAUGCAGAUAAAUUGUUGUCAAUAGUAGGCUUUACAGUUGAGGAUUGUUGAGAGUAUUGAAACACUAACGGCAUAAAAUCUGUAAUUUAAUUGUGAAUAUAGAAAAAUACACUACAUUGUUUCUGCAUAAAGAUGAAAAUAAUCAUGUUAUUUUAUAGGAGAAGCCGGCAGGAAUAACACUGGGUCAUCAUGAACCACACCACUUUAACUCCGAGCAGCACAGACAGUGAUUUCAUCUACGAUUAUCAUUCUGGUGACGGGUACCAGGAUGAGGUUCCUUCUACCGGAAACAGUACACACGGAACCAACGACCCCUACGAUUAUUACUAUUACUACGACGACUAUAGUUAUGGGACACAGAGUAUUUAUUAUUACGAGGGUUUCGACUUUGAAAGACCAGUUUUUCUUUAUAUUUGGGUAGUUCUUAUAAUCGUGACAACACUUGCAAACAUUAUUGUCAUGGUUGUUCUGCGGAGGAGAAACAUGCGCAAUGCAACAAACACUAUUUUAAUUGCUGUCGCCAUAUCGGAUUCUAUGACAGGUUUAGUUACACUUCCGGUGACAAUUUACGCGUACCAGCAAUACGAAGAGGGAGAUCUUGCACUAACUAAACAAUGGUGUGAGGCGUUCAUGAUCACAAGGUAUUUCGUUAAUCGAGGGUUUCACACAAUGUCAAUAUGGCUGACAGUAGUGCUUGGAUUUCAAAGGCUUAUAUCAGUCUCGUUUCCAUUUCGCGCGCAAACUAUAUUCACCAUUCGGAACACUGUGAUUAUUAUCCUCGUUGUAGUGUUUCUGGCGCCAUUUUUACAUAUUUACCACGCUUUCGAUAAAAAAGCCAUUGAAGACGAGGAAUAUGGUAAUUAUUGUAAAUGGAAAGUUGAGACCCCCUGCAAAGAAUCAUGUGCUUAUUUUUGGCUGAUUAUUGUCCUUAUGCAUUUCAUUCCUUGCAUUUUGCUGGUGAUUUUCACAAUCACAAUGGUGGUAAUGAUGAACGAUGCAACGCGGAAAAUGAAGGAUUCACAGAUGAUCGCAAACAAGGCAAAUCUUCAUCGGCGCCAUAUGGAGAGCAAGAGAAUUUCGUGCAUUGUAAUUGCUGUUGUCAUAGUAUUUCUCAUCCCGGAAAUACCCUAUGGUGUAUUUCUCUUGGUCCAAGUUUGUCUUAAACACUCGAAGAAGAAUUUACUUAAAGUCAAGACAAGCCGUGCAAUAAUUUGUGCUUAUGAAAUACUGCUUGUUCUCAGCUUCCAUGCAAAUUUCUGGAUUUAUUUGAUCAUGAACAGAAAAUUCAGGCGUGGUCUGCACCGCACAUUCGAACCAAUAGAAUCCAUCAUAUAUGCUAUACUUAGCAAAUUUGGAAUCCAGCGACAAAGACCGCGUAGAUUCAGUGAUACGACGACAAGUCUCGGACGAUCGCCAUCAGAUGCUCAAUCAAUGCCAACGCAGACAGUUCAUUCUCGAAUUUCGCACUCGAAUUCUAUAAACUCGAACGCGCUUGAGAUGAGGACGUAUCAUUUCAAUACAGAUAAAAAUGGGAAUGGUGUUCAGUUUUAAAGACGAUCGAAAAUAAUUUUUAAGUACUAGUACCAGUAUAUCCUGACAAGACUGACAUCACGCGGAAUAACAUUUAAUUUAAUCACAAUUGUGAAAAUGUUUAGUAGGCCUGAAAAUUACGAACACUAGUCUGGACCAUGUGUUUUGAGAAUAAGGUCUACGGAAUAUUUUACCUUCUUAGACAAUUAUUUAUCUUCCUGCAUAUCGUGUAAGUACUAAUAUUCAUUAAAGUGUCAACACUUCACAAGUUCAAGUUUUACGCAGAAAUAGAUAGUUUAUGUUUGGAAAUUUCGUGCAUUGUGAACAACCGAUAUUUUGAGCUUGCAUCUAGUUAUAUUUGAUUAUUUGGCUUUGCGGCUUUGGUUCUGCUUUGCAGCCUGUGUUUGUGUCAAUCAGAUAUUCAAAAUUACACAAAAUGUACGUGUAUUUUAUACAGAGGAUUCAAUGAUGCCAUACGAAUAUAUCUUUAACAAUAACUGAGCACUAAUGGAAUGGUGAAUAGUCGAAUCACUGUUUUGCAAUAUGCUUACUUGAAUAAAGGAUAUAUUUUGGCGUUUAAACUUUAUGAACAAUGCUUGAGAUAAGAAAAAAUGGUGAGGUCUUCCAAAAAACCGAUUUGCUACUUUUAGGUAAAGGAAUUUCCCUUCAGAUCAAAGUUAAAUUAACACCAUUAUUAGAAUAUUAAAUAUGUUUGUAAAGUGUUAAAAGCAUAUAAUUUGAUUUGAUAGUUUUGCUGAACGCUUUGAAAUACAUCUGAAGUCCUGUCCUUUAGAGAGACUAAGGCAGUACAAUUGUUUGUUUUACAUGUACAUUUUUUUCAAAUCCAUAUGUGUGUUUUCUAUAAAAUAAGCUUAAACUGUAUUGUAUAUUUAUUUACCAUGACUUGGCAUGGUGCCAAAGACUUGCAGUAUUGAUAUGCAAAUGCUGAUUUUAUUUUUCUGUGUAUUUUUCAAAUCCAUAUGUGUGUUUUCUAUAAAAUAAGCUUAAACUGUAUUGUAUAUUUAUUUACCAUGACUUGGCGUGGUGCCAAAGACUUGCAGUAUUGAUAUGCAAAUGCUGAUUUUAUUUUUCUGUGUAAAUAAGUAUUAUUAAAUACAAAUAAUAAAGUGAAAUACAGUGAAAUAAAAAAUAGUCUCUUA